UGAAGGUGGGAGUUUUAUAAAUUCAACCGUUGUUAUGCAUGGAAUUCAGGGGCGUUAAUUUGAGGAUAUCACAGCGCAGCGUGUGCAUUAUAAACGUGCUCGCACGCACGAUCCAUAGCUGGAUUGAGAAGCUGAAAUCGGAAUCCUUUUCUGGAAUCUCCAUGGUCUACAUAUUGAAAACAGAACAAGUUCUUCAAUAAUCCUUGUAGAUAAUGGAAACGCAGGAGAUUUUAACUUUAAAUGAAACAGUUCCUUAAUGAGCACCCCCUUUUAAUGAAUGGAAUAAGCUUACAGACCGUUGUGCGCACAUCACGCGCAAACCCCUUCCGUCACCCCCCUGUACACAAGUGUACAAUACGUGUGCCGCGCCUGGCGCGCCCAAGCUGUGCGCGUACCGUACGCAUACGCACGUACAGGACGUUUUGUGGAUAUGUCUUGAUACCAUAUGCCAAUAUUCUGACAUUGGCGAUAGCCGUCGAAUUGUGCGGAAAUAAUAAAUCAUGGCUCGUGACCUUUGAACUUUGCUACUCAACCAGAUUGUGGAAAGUGGACACUUUAGCACGGGGAAUUUUGUUGACAAAAAUUCUUUAGGACGGUACAGCUUCACUGAUUUAGCGGUUACUGCUGCGGUCCAGUCUGUAGUCUGCGGGAAGUUCGGGAGAGACUGCCGCUUUAAUGGCUGGUGCCUCGCUCGCGCACUUUGAUCGCAGAUGCAGUCUGCUACUACAUGAUCUUUAUGUAACUUUGCACAUACACAAAAGGAUAUCCGCGGCUUCUCUUUCGAAAGUAAACAAAAUUAUCACUUGAACGAAUAUGGCGUUUAGAAUAACUUCAAAAAAUUCCAGUUUUGGACAAAAUUUGACUCGUUUGCAGUCUGCUUUGCUUGCAUGGUAAAUAAUGCCGUUAAUUGGUUGGCGUUUAGUGUUGUGGACGGGAGGUUGGUUGGGGCCUUUUCUCUUGUUGUUGGACUUUACCUUUCAAUUUUAUCCGACAACAGUCGGUUUGUGGGCAUUGAAGCAUGGCGGACACAAUGGGAAGGCGCUAUUUGAAGUGGGUCAAUGUGGAAUCAACACAAAAGAUUUUACCCACAGACACAUUGAAUUACAUAUCGCUGUAUAUUCGCAGAGUUUAUGGUGCCAUAACUUCAGUUGAGUGAUUCGGCUCAGUUCUCAGGCUGUCGAAUCCAUGAUGCCGUGCCCACAUACUGUUUUCCACGAAAGAUGAGCUUGAUUAUGCAAUGCACCCAAAUUGAUGUAAUACCGUAAAUUUCAUCUCCCUUUCCAAGAGUUAAAUUCAUUACUAAUUUGCUUGUAGUGUUCCCAGCUUCUUAUAAUGUUUUGUCCUACUUUCCUGCUAUUUAACUUGAAUUGCAAUCCCCAUAUUCAUUGGUACAUUAGUGACUUUAACUUUGUAUCAAGGGCUUGACGGGUCGCAAGGAUUUCGAAAGUUAAUGUGAACAGCUAUACCGGAUGAGGUAUCAAGUGCUGUAGGCUUCAGUGUCCGCCGCGAUCCCGGUGUGCAAUCGAUCGAGGCACCAGCCAUUUAAACGGCAUGCAGUCUACCACGGCAGGCACAAUCACUCUCCCAAACUCCCCGCAGGCAGCAUGGAGCACAUAGCACUGGGUCUAUAACCACCGAAUGUAGAGAAGUUAGUUGCAUUGUUCACAAUUAAUGUUGUACAGACUGAUUAUAUAGGUCGAAUGCUGUUGUGAAGAAUUGUGUUAUCAACAAUUCUCUCUGUGCUACAUGCUCACACUUCCCUUAAAUUUGAAGACACCUUGUCUAUAGUGUCGCAAGUUCAAGGGUCACGAACCCAAAUUCUGUGCGGGGAGCGUUACGCACACUUCCACGGUUCUCAGCAAUAUUGGCAAGAUACCAAGGCAUACCGAAGUACAGUACAUGUACAUGUACAGUAUGUACACUUUCAUGUCCAAGCGUACGUGUACAUGUACAUGUACUUUACUGUACUGUACGUGCUUGUGUCACACCUAGCUAUCCUGACCAUGUCGUUCCGUGACCGCAGCAGUAAGGAGACGUUGCAGCUCAGGUCAAUACGGUCAAGGGUCAUGGCUCCGAAUAGCCAUUUGUUUAAACAAUCCUGCGGAAACAUGCACCUGACUUGUUCAAUUCCCACCCUCGUAAAUCGUCAAUAGACUCGAAAUAGCUCUGCAGAGAAGACGCGAUAGACGAGUGUUGUCUCCACGAUGUAGUCAGACGACUGUGGUGGAAUCUCCAGUUUUCCUUUUUGUUGCCGUGGAUUAAUGACGCUGCCGAUGAAGAAUUGCUCCCUUGCCUGCCUGGUGCUUAUCUUGGCAGCUGGAGGGAGCGUUCGAGGUAACCAAUCGUCCGGAGCAAUGAAUGGCACCAGUACCCCAGCUGCCGCAACAGCACCGACUGAAGUCACCGGGCAAAGCACGGUGGGCUCCACGGGGGCCAUUGCGACCACAGCCGGGACCGCCUCGACGACAAGCCCCGCUGUGACGACUGCUAACCUGACGACCACAGUAGCACUGACAACAUCGGCCCCUCCGACAACAACCCUUGGGCUACCAGCCAGUGUUAACCAGAGUGAACUUAUUCCAACCUAUCAAAUCAACGACAUGGACGGUCACGUGUGCAUACUGGCCAUGUUUACCGCCACACUGAAAAUCAAAUACGACAAAACAGACGGAGAGUCGGCAGAAGCAGUCAUUCCCUUCCCGGAGAGCCUGGAAGCUUAUGGAGAGUGUGAGAGGUACUCCAUGGACCACCGAGAGUUUUUCUUUGCUUACCCCAACAAUUCGUCGUAUACUCUCCGCCUGCGGUUCUCAUUUAGUAUUUACAAAAUCAACCAAAAGCCCGUCGGCUUGUUGUUCCCGGAACUGGAGGUAGUGUGGACGUACGCGGCGCCCUUCUUCCCAGAUAACGCGGAAAGACUCGGUCGUGAGGACGGCAGGAUAUUUACCAGUUUUGUGAGUGAAAUGUACGGUUAUAGUGCGGCGUUUAAGUGUGACAUUCUCACGCUGAGCGACGCUACAAUAACGCUCACUCUGGAAAACAUGCUCGUGCAGCCCUACGCCGAUUUUGGCGGCUUUGGAUACGGGGACGUGUGUAACCCAACAUCGCCAAGUGUCCGGCCUGUUUUUCCAACGACGACCCAGCCAUUGCAGACAACCGAAAUCCUGCCAAAUGCUACCACCUUGGAAGCGACCUCCAACCUCUCGACGACCACCUGGCAGCCCACCUCCCCCGUCCCAGUCAGUGCUCCCACAGACCACACCGGCCUGAUCGUCGGUACGGUCGUGGGCGCGGUUCUCGCCGCUCUAGUGGUUGCCGGUGCGGUGUGCCUGAUCGUCAGGAGACGGCGGCCGAAGCAGAUCCCGUACGGAGCCGUCAUGGACACCCUGGAGACUGGUGCCUGACCGAUGGCGGACCGAGGGGCCAAAGAAGGCUCCAGCUAGGCUCUCCUCACACUCCCAGCCCCCCUGGAUUUUUUCUCUCUCGGUUUUGAAGAAACAGAGACGACUGUCUCUGAUGAGAAAAAGAUGGAAAUGCGACUGAACUACUUUUACUUUGUUGUAAAUAACACACCCGAUUGUCUGCUUAAAAUUCAUCCCCGUAUCUGCCAGCAUCAUAAUAAUAACUGUUCAUCUGCUGAGGAACUGAAAAACUGGAAUCUUGUCACGGAAAUCGUGGAAGACUUUACAGCCGAUAUAGACCAAAGAAGGGCAGAGAGCGACUUCGAAGUGCGUUUUUGCGGUUGCGAAAGAAACACUGGCAACUUGUGAAUUCUUGCACUUGAAGAAAAGUCAUUUACAAUCACGUACGUAAAGACGCCAGCAUGUUUGCUUAAUGGUUUGCAAUAUAUGCUUAUUUGAAAAGCGAAAGGUUGGGUAACAUCUUUUGUGAAGGUUGUACCAUUGCUUCAGUUGCAAAGAAAGUUAUUUGUAAUAUUUUAAAAUUGACAACUCAAUUUCUAUUCCGAAAAAA